AUGGUGCGUGCUUCAAUAAAACGUUAUUUAUCAAAGUGUCGUUCCAUUCGCUUGUAUUUUCCCUUAAAAGUAUCUAAACCUGCCACGCUGUCCUGCCUCGUACGGUCUGCUCCGCCGGCAGCACGACGGGCCCUCCAGACCGUCCUCCCUCGCUUCAUAACAUCUGAAGCGAGCACUGGAGGAGCCAUGCCAUCACGUCCGCUAGUCUUGUCGGGGCCAUCGGGCGGCGGGAAAUCGACCAUCUUGACGCGCGCCAUGCAGGAAUUCCCGAAGAGCUUCGCCUUUUCCGUCUCGCAUACCACCCGGAAACCGCGCGAUGGGGAACAGCACGGGAUUCAUUACUGGUUCACGGAAAGAGAAGUGAUGGAGAAGAUGGUUGCAAACAAUGAAUUCCUAGAGCAUGCCCAAUUUGGCGGGAAUAUUUACGGGACAAGCCGUGCCCAGGUCGAAUCGAUCGAGCGGACCGGCAAAAUUUGUGUACUUGACAUAGAGCUUCAGGGGGUUCGAAAUAUUAAAAACUCACAUCUCGACGCGAAGUACAUCUUGAUCAAGGCGCCCAGCAUCAAAAUCUUGGAGGAACGAUUGCGAGCACGUGGGACGGAAACGGAAGAAUCGCUGAAGAAACGGCUUCGACAUGCGGAGGAGGACACCAGAGCAGUGGAAGCCGACCCAUCGCUUUUCGACUAUAUUAUCGUCAACGACGACCUCGAAUCGGCCUACCGCCAAUUCAUCAACGCCAUCAAGGAGGACAUCCAAGCGACGCAGAACAUUGCCACAAACUCGGCC